UUCAAGAUUUUAUACUAGUGGUGCCCCUAACUAGCUCGUGUUGGCGAAGAAAGCUAGUAUUCAAAUUCAAAACAUUCAAUCUCAACUUGAAGAAACGCAUCCAUUGAAGUUUCACGAGGAGUGGGGCUUGACCCGAUUCUUUUCCAAUACGUCAGAAUCCCCGGUGUCGGUUUUUCAUUCCCCUAAAUUCCCGGUCCAAUUGUAAUCCCCCAGGACGAUCAAUCGGGAAUCGCCGAUGCAUCUGAGAUCGUAGAAGCAAUUUUCGCAUCGUCUCCUUCAGAUCCAUCUAGGGUUUUGCCGUUAUUGGGAUGGAUGGGAACAAGGAUGAUGCUUUGAAAUGCUUGAAAAUUGGAAAGGAGGCUUUGGAAGCUGGGAAUUUGGUUCGGGCCCUCAAAUUUGUCAAUAAAGCUCGUCGUCUUGAUCCGGCGCUUCCCAUUGACGACCUCUUACCGGAACUUAAAAACGUUUCUGGUGAACAGUUGGGUGCUGAUGCGUGUGAAGCUGGCAAUGGCUCAUCUGGGUCCCCUUCAUCCAAGUCCUCUGAUCAGCCUUCUCUUCGCCGUAGAGUUCCGGCGUCUGGUUCUUCUGAAUCUUCGACCUCGGCAACUUAUACAGAGGAGCACGUAGAGAUUGUAAGGCAGAUCAAGAAGAAGAAGGAUUACUACGAGAUUUUGGGAUUGGAGAAGAGUUGUUCUAUCGAGGAUGUUCGAAAGGCAUAUAGAAAGCUGUCUUUAAAGGUUCAUCCUGAUAAGAACAAUGCUCCUGGUGCUGAGGAAGCGUUUAAGGCUGUAUCAAAGGCCUUUCAGUGUCUAAGUAACGAGGAGAGUAGAAAAAGAUAUGAUAUUGUUGGGUCUGAAGAGCCAGUCUAUGAGAGACGGACUGCAAGACAUGGUGCAAAUGGAUUUAAUGGAUUUUACGAAGCUGAUGUUGAUGCAGAGGAGAUAUUUAGAAACUUCUUCUUUGGUGGAAUGGCACCGACAACUACACAUUUCCGUAGUUUCAAUUUUGGCCCAGGAAUGGGACAUAGAACGGGUGAUCAUGGCUCUGGUGGUGUCUUUCGGACACUGAUUCAGUUGCUUCCUGUGCUGGUAAUAUUGCUUUUGAACUUUAUGCCAUCCUCAGAACCUAUCUAUGCCCUUUCCCGUUCAUAUCCUUAUGAACACCGAUUUACAACUCAGAAAGGUGUCAAUUACUAUGUGAAAUCAAAAAACUUUGAACAAGAUUUUCCACCAAAUAGUCGGGAUCGUCUGGUACUUGAGCAACGGGUAGAUAGGGAAUACUUCAAUAUUCUUGCACAGAAUUGUCGACUUGAGGUGCAACGACGGCAGUGGGGAUUCAUUCGUGAAACUCCACACUGUGAUAUGCUGAAUAAGUUUCAAUCAGCGGCUUGAUGAAUGAAUGAAGGCCUCAUUUUCUCGUUUGCAGGUAGCGUUGUGCGGUCGAGAGUGAUUCCCAUUCUGAAGAACUCCAUAAGACGUUUUCAUGAGCCUGAGAUGGGAGUCUAAGAGUUAUUCCAAGUUGCUCCUUAUCUUUCUAUUUUGAAUGCUUCGCUUGUAAAUCUAAUAUUACCACCACCAUCUAGCUUCUAGCAGCAUAUAUUUCCAUUGUUACUACAGAUUUUCUUGAUGCUAAAGAUUACAGAGUAGAUGCUGAAUAAUUUUAGAGCUUGAGUUUGGAUUUACUGAUAAAAUCCUUUUGCUUUAUCUGAAGUGAACCAAUGAAACGUCAUUCCUUAUUCUCAGUA